AUGUUCAACGUUCUAGACAGGGCAACGGGCGCUGCCCAUGGCGAUGUUGCUCAUGUACGACCUGGCGAGACCGCCGGUAUGGGAGUACGCUCCGAAGCAUGUAAGAAUCCGUCCUUCAGCGGUGACUUCACAACGCAAUCAGAGAAGAAGCCAGAGGUUCGGAGCGUGCCCUCCUUCGCCAGCUGCAGUACGACGACUGAGGUACUGACUUGGCUUCCGACAUUCAUGCGGCCUAGACCACUGGUUGGUCUCGCCUCGUUGCUGCUGGCUGCACUCUGCCUCCUCGCCUCCUUUGCAGUGCUGUUGGCAUCAAACGGCAAACCUCUGGAUACUUGGACCUGGCAACCGAGUGUCUUCCUCGCCGUAUUAUCUGCAGUGUCGAAUAUCUGCGUUCGAUUCUCCUUGGCGCAGGCCUUCCCGAUUGCUUGGUGGUAUCGGGCAUCUUGUGGACGAACGAUUGCAGACUUGCACAGACACUGGGAAGCUGGGCAGGGACUUUUGCAUGCCAUCCGCCACGCCAAACACACGUCGUGGUUAACGGCUGCUGCUAUCGCUUCUGCUCUUGUGAUCAUCGAUGGCCCGCUCCUGCAAAGAGCAUCGUUUGUGAAGGAGAUUUCUCAGUCUAUGCCCACAACGCUCAACUUCAAGCUCACUCCAGAGCUUCCCAAUGGCUAUUCCGGUUUUUACGUACCCGGCGGGUUUGCAAUCAGUCCUAGUGCUCUACGGGCCGUCUCCGACUACAAAGAUGACAUUCCUAUCACUGCCGAUGUAUCGGGCUGCGGAGGUAUAUGCACGACUACAGUCCGAGCACCUGGCGUGCAGAUGACGGACUGCAGCACCGACACCUGGACGAUUACCACCACCAUGAUCAACGACAGCUCCGCGGCUUGGGGUACAGAUAGCAAUGUAGUGCCUGCUUUUGUCAGCACUAUCGAAGCACCGGCUGCAACGCACGACUACGUCGGUCGUGAUUUCAUGAGCCUCAGAGUAGGCAUUGUCGCUCUCGACGACUGGUCCGGAAGCUACACAGAGACGACGUGCACACUUGUGUCAGCCAUCCUCAACUACCAUGUUCAGGUAGAGGGCAACACUGUGCGUAUUUCCCAGCCUCCAGACCAAUCGAAGGACUCUCAAGUGGCCAACAACACCGCUCUCAACGCCAGCAGCCCAGUUGUCCCAAUGACCUUUACCGUCCUCGGCGAAUACCUCCUCGCCUCCAUCUACGCCAACGUCACCUUCUCCCAGGCCUCCGGACUCCGUUCCAAAGGCGGUCCCAACUCCCUCAACACCGACACCUUGAACGAAUUCAGCCUCCGCUACCUCCUCGACACCCCCGGGCACGAUUCCCUCGGCUUCAGCGACCCGACCGCCGACAUCGUCGCCGCGUUCAACAGCCUCAUGUUCCGGGCCGGCGUUGCGGCGUCGGGCUUGCGGAAUACCACGGCACUGCUGGACCCAGGGAUCUCGGUCUCGCAGUCCGUGCCGGCGAUACAGGAGCGGUCUUUCAACGCUUUCGAAUCUGACUUCCGGUGGUUCGCUGGUGCGGCACUACUGCAUUUCGUGGCGAUUGUGACGAUCAUCCCUGUGUUCUGGGGCUGGUGGACUUUGGGCGUUAACGUGACGAUGAGUCCGUUCGAGAUUGCUAACGUUUUCGAAGCGCCGCUGUUGAGGGAUACGAAGUCGACGGCAGGGAGUCGUGGGGUUGUUGAGGCGGUCGGAGAUGCGGAGGUCAAGUUCGGUGCUGUGCUCGAUACCCAGAUGACGGUGUCUAUGGAUGAGAAGGGGCGCGACAGGUCGUAUUGCACUACGACGGCGCGAUUGGCGGUGGCACGGGCAGAAAAAGUUAUACGGCCCUGGAGGGGGAUGCGGUUCGGUCAUUGA